UUAAUUGACUUUUGUAGAGUGCAGAGACUUGAACAAUGAUGAUAAUCAUUUGGUUCGCUCGUCGUUCAUAAUGGCGAAAUUGCCUUGUCGAAACUUCAGAAUGUUUCUGAGUUCUCUGUUUCUUACUCUACAAUUCCAUAUAUUUACUAAAUAUUUCUAACUCUUUUUCCUAUUUUCAAAACUAAAACUAUGAUAUUAGAGUCAAUAUUCUCAUUUUUUAAGUUUUAGAUUGUAUAAUCGCUCAAGGUUUCUCCUAAGAAAUCCUCUUGUAUUCUCUUAUGUUCUUUUACCGUUCUCUCUCUCUCUCUCUCCCUUCAAACAUUUCAGAAUUUAGAUGAGUAGAUGACUGGUGGUGUCACUGGUGUGUGGAAGCAAGGAUAAUGAGGCAACUGUUUUCGAGUUGACACUAAACGUUGAGCACGCCAUUGUGGUAGGCUAGAAACCAAAUAAUUUCACGAACAUGAUAUGGUGGCUCAGGUAUUAGACAGUUUGAUAUGUGUGUUGAGUUUAAUAUUGAAAUGAAAAACGAGACGAGUGGUGUAUCAAGUUAAAAGAUUAGGAGGGUAUGCAUAGAAAAUCACUGAAGUAAGAUCCAUUAUUGAGAACUCAAAAAAAUGCGUAGGGUUUGCUCUCUAGGCGAUACUUUGCGGGAGCGGCUCAUACUGGCUAGAGGAGGAGGGUUCCUCCUUCAACUCUGGUCGGUGUGAGAUCAAGGGUGAUUGGUUUUUCCAUUGUCCUCCUCUCAACAGAUCAGUGAGGCUCUGUUUUCAGAUCUGCUUUCUUGUUUCUGUUCUCUGGGCGGUGAGGUAUGACACCGACGGUGGGUCUUUUCUGGGUCGGCUUCUAGACGGCGACUAUGGACUGUGUGUGGCUGAUGCAAGUUGGUGGCGGUUAUCUGACAGAUCGUGGUGUCUGGAGGAGGAGGGACUGGACCCAUUUCGGUUCGUCUCAUCAAUUUGGGGCUGUUCGGGUUCCAAUGGUGGGACUAAAGAGGCCGGAAUUUGGAGCUCGACCGACGGCGGAAUUGUCACUCGAUGUACUGGAGAAGUGGAUUCUGGAAGUGUAUGGAGAUGUCAAAACAGGUCCCCAUGUAAAUCUGGAGUUCAAGGCAGAAGGUCCAAUUUGGAAAGCUGGAAAAGUUUACAGGCUAGACGCUGAUCAAGAUGUUCAUAUACUGCAAUUGUCAUGGACACUUCCAUGCCUUGGUCAACACUAUUGUAAAGGCCCAGAGUUUUAUGUACAUCAUCUCCUUGUUCAGGAGGGCAGGGAAAAUUUGCAUUUCUACCUCAAAGCAAGAGGGUGGGCAGCAUAUCUAGGUGCUUCAGUGAGCCGCUAUCCUGUGAACGAUGUCUUUUGCAUGAUCAUAUACCUCACUGACUCUGGAAGGUACUAUUCCUAUUCUAUGAAUUUUAUGGCAUAAGAUUGACUUUAACCAUCCUAUAUUAAAUUUCUGAGUGUCUCAAUCAGAGCAACCAAUCUUAGGUUAAAAUUCUUUUUCAUUGAAUAAUGGUUCCAUAGAUGCUUGCCUUAAUUUUUCUCUUCACAUGCUUGGCAUGUAAAUUAGAGCAAUACUUUUCAAUCACAUUAGGAUCCACUUAACCUUAAUAAUUCAUGUUAGUCGGUUCAACAUCUUCAUCUAAUGAAUAUAUUUUUGUCUAAGAUGCCACAACACUGACUUUGUUACCUAUAGAACAGAUUAUGAGAGAGGUAGCUUUUGCUCCUUUCAUGAGACAUUAUACAUCUUGAUUCCUUGCAACAUGUGAUGAGAAAUUAAGUAAUGUUUGCUGAAAUUGGUCAUUUACCCUAUUAGCUAGGAAAAAAGUUACAUUUCCAUUUGCAAGCUAAAUUUAUGGCCUCCCAUAUGAUGUGACCAAGCAUGUGCUAUUCUUUUCCCUACCCUGCAUUCAAAAUGGACGGAUCUAAUGAGUUCUUUCCCUCCACAAUCCCACUGUUGCAGCAGAGGUGAAUUAUUGCAGAGAUAAAUUAUUGGGGGCAAUACCAUUCAAAGAAAGUUAAAUCUCAUGUAUUUAGCUAUUGUCUCCCAAAGCGAGAUGCCAACUUGUUAAAAUCGGAUAGGUUGUGGUUCAUCUGCUUGUCAUAGAGGAAUCUCUGACAUUAGCAAAUUAGAUGGCCAGUUCAUUUGUUUUCCUUUGGUGUUUCCGUAACAGUUGUACUGCACCCUUAUUCUCUAGCUACUGGUGUAUUUUUCGUGAGCUUGUUAAAUUCCUUUCAUGAAGCAAAUUGGAUCCCCAAAUUCAAAUAACUGACUUUAUCAAUGUUGGCUUGGC